AUGGACAUUUUAUGUGAUCAAAAUAGCCCUAACCACCAACCUAAAGGUGGUAACAGGCGCCAUAUCCAGAACCACGAAUCUCAUAGAGCUCCACCAAACACCGUUUUUAUCCAAAAUUAUACAAACUAUGAUAAUAGGAUUAUUCACCACUACGGAUGUAAUCCAAUUGGAAAUACAAAUUCCAAUGGCCAACAAGGUCGUCAUUUUAAAAAUUAUGACGGAAACCAGAAUCAUCACGACGGGUAUCACCCCGAUCGUAAUGUUUCUGGAACCACGAUUGAGCAACCAGUACGACAACCAGCAAAUAAGGCUAAAAUACAUCCAAGCCGGCCAUCAGUAGCGUGGACAAUUCCGAUGGGUGAAACUGCGACAGCUCAAAAGAAACAAAAAGUCAAAAACCAAAAAGAAUUUGAAGCAUAUCCUGCGGAGGAGGUUACGGAAGAAGCUGCUCGUGCGCAUGAACCGGAAAAUGUAGAACCAGAACCGGAAGUAGCUCCAAGUGAGCAACUAGAUGAACCCGACCCCCACGAACCCGAAGAAUAUUCAGCCCUAUCUUUACCGGAAGACGCGGCUCGUGCGCAUGAACCGGAAAAUGUAGAACCAGAACCGGAAGUAGCUCCAAGUGAGCAACUAGAUGAACCCGACCCCCACGAACCCAAAGAAUAUUCAGCCCUAUCUUUACCGGAAGACGCGGCUCGUGCGCAUGAACCGGAAAAUGUAGAACCAGAACCGGAAGUAGCUCCAAGUGAGCAACUAGAUGAACCCGACCCCCACGAACCCGAAGAAUAUUCAGCCCUAUCUUUACCGGAAGACGCGGCUCGUGCGCAUGAACCGGAAGUAGCUCCAAGUGAACAACUAAAUGAACCGCACCCCCACGAACCCGAAGAAUACUCAAAAGCAAAAUAUUUACCGGAUAACGAGUAUGCAACACCUCCGAUUCAACCUGAAAAAAAGAGAUUAAACAAACCAGUAGGUAUCAUCAUAGUCUAUAACAGCAAAGAAAUGCGUUAG